GUGCAAGGUUGCAUAUAUUUGAGUUACUUAAUAUUGCUAUCACAAGAAUUGAAGAAUGCCGAGGGAUAGGAAGAAAGCUUAUAAUCAUCUUCUUCAAUAAUUCUCGUUCUUACAAAUUGUUCUUUGGAGCAACAGGUGCCGUACCUUCUUAGGCCAAUCUCCAACCCUUCUCAACCCUUCUCACUUGCUACAGUUAAAAUGGAGUUAGAUCUAUAUUCGGCCGGCGCGCGCUACCACAUGGCUGCUUCUCUGAAUACCUGGACGUCGCUCCUCCUCCGCGCUCCUGAUGAUUCGUCCUUUCGCCGCCCCAACCCCGCAGCUCUUACUGCCAGAUUUCCAUCUCGUCCUCGUCAUUCUGGGCUUCGAUCAGUAUCUGAGACUUUCUCGCAUGCCCCUGCGCCUGCGCCUGUCGCUUCAACGGUUACUAUCUCAUAUACGGAACUAAAUGAUCCCAGUGCAGACGUAUUGGAUAUAAUAGAGCUUGGAUACGGACCCGAUGGUCUCGGAAUUCUAUCUGUAUCAAAUGUUCCUGGUUAUACUUUGUUGCGUCAGAAUCUUCUGCAUCUUGCACCUAGUUUAGCAAGCCUUUCAAAAGAGGCAAAGCAGGAAAUAGAGGACCCUUAUAGUAGGUACAACAUUGGAUGGAGUCAUGGAAUAGAAAAACUUGAGUCUGGCAAACCAGAUAAGUUCAAAGGCUCCUUCUAUGCCAAUCCAAUACUCGACAUACCUUCGACCGAACUGUCGCUUCGUAAACGGUAUCCUUCUUAUUGUAGACCAAAUAUAUGGCCUUGUAGUGCUUUGCCAGAACUUGAACCAGCUUUUAAGGCUCUUGGGAAGUUGAUUCUGGAUGUUGGUCUGCUCUUGGCGUAUCACUGUGACCGCUACGUAUCAAAGAAAUCCAAGAUGCAUAUAGAUGGAAGUUUACAACAGAUACUCCUUCGGUCUCGAUGUCACAAAGGCCGUCUACUUUAUUAUUUUCCUACCCAUAAUUGCACUUUUUGUAGUGAUUCUGAAGAAGAUAAUGAUUCUCUAUCCCCCUGGUGUGGAUGGCACACUGAUCAUGGUUCUCUUACGGGCCUUACUUGUGGCAUAUUUACAAGAGAUGGUGUGGAAUUACCUUGCCCCGACAAUGUAGCUGGUCUUUACGUAAAGACACGUUCAGGUCAAAUAGUCAAAGUGGAGUAUAAACAAGAUGAAAUAGCUUACCAAAUAGGUGAAGUAACUGAGAUUUUAUCAGGAGGUCUGCUUUGUGCAACUCCACAUUGUGUCCAGGCACCAAAAGGAAAGGCAGCUUCUGGCAUUGAUCGCUCGACAUUUGCCUUAUUUAUGCAACCUGACUGGGAUGAGAAACUUAUUUUCCCCGAGCAAGUGAAUAUUCAUGAGUUUAUGAUCCCCAAAGAAUCCAUUUCUUUUGGAGACUAUUCAGAGAAGGUAUUGAACAAGCACUACGACGGAACCCAAGCAUGAACAAUCGUAAUUAAAUUCUGCAACAGCAGAGCUAGUCUAAUCAAGGCCCUUCAAAUAAAGAAAGCUGGCACAUGAUAUAGUGAGGUGCAGUAUCCAAUAAUGCAAAAGCAGUGACUAUUCUCCUCAUCCCUUCUAAAGGUAUGUAUAUAUAUGAGUGUGUGUAAAUAUGUUGAUUCUUGCAAUUGUAUAAUUGAGGAGAGAAUUGAAAGCCCUUUUUGAGAAUAAAGAAGAAAGCAAGAGAGGGGGUCUGAUCUGUUCAAGGUUUUCCUCAUGGUGGAAUAUUCAUUUUGUCUGGUGAUAUAACGUUAAUGGUGAUUAGGAUGAUUCUCCCUUAUCAACCAGUCAAUGCCAUGUCAGCACCCAUAAGAACACGUGGGUGGAUGCCAUUGGCCCAUCUUUUUCCCCUGAUCUUUCCUUAUGAUUGUCUCCUACGCCUUGAUGACACGCCUCACCCUAACCAGUUAGAUGGAUUUUUCUUUCCACCCAAAUCUUUGAAACAUCUAUUUAUUAUUAUAUAUAUACAUAUUAUAUUAGAUUAUAUAUGCUGUAACAAUGUGGUAAAAAGAUGAAAGAAUCUCUCUAUCCUGUCCAAAGAAUUACAAUUAGUGGGCAUCCAUCCAUGUGUACCAAAUAGGAAAAGCUGAAUCAAACAUGUAAUGAAGUAUAGGUAAUAUGUGUGUCUAGCUGUGCAUUCAGAAUUACAUUGUGUAUGCCUUGGAAAAGAGAAGUGUAUACAAAAUCUUAAUGCAUUCGCUCAUUUCAUAGCAAUACAAGAUCUAUAUUAACAUUUCAGUUCAUUUAAAGUUUAAUAGAUACACUGAUAUCAUACAGAUAAUACUACAUAAUUAACUAUAAGAAUGCAGGAAAGAUGGUUCACUGAUACUUUGUAAUUAAUUAAAACACUCUAUGAAUAUAUAUGUGUGUGUGUGGUAUUGUCUUGAUUCUUUGACUCGAGCUUUCUUUCGUGAAGAUGCAUGUCACUCUCAAAGCUACUUUUACUUCUUUUAUUGCAGAUUUUGUAUCCUUACUCACUCAGUCAAUGUAUUCCUCACAACACACUCAUUUUCUCUUGCAUUGCUCUCUCAUUUUGUAGCCACCUACAACUACUACUGCU